CAUCAUUCACCAAAUUUUCCACCAAUUUCCCAUUGCCUUCUGAAAAAGAGCUCAUCUCUUUUCCAAGUUCUUCAAACCCUCAGAAUCCCAUUCGAUCAGAAACCUUUUUUUUUCACCAAUCUUUAUCAAUCCGCCAUGGGGGGAGGAAAUGCCCAAAAAUCCAAGAUGGCUCGUGAGAAGAACUUGGAAAAGCAAAAGGCCGCCGCCAAAGGAAGCCAACUUGACUCUAACAAGAAGGCCAUGACCAUCCAGUGCAAGGUUUGCAUGCAAACAUUCAUCUGUACUACAUCAGAAGUGAAGUGCCGGGAGCACGCUGAGGCAAAGCAUCCUAAAGCUGAUCUAUACACAUGUUUUCCUCAUCUUAAAAAAUAGCACAGCGAACUCAAUAACGAACCGGGAAGUUGAGACAGCUUGUAGCAUGCAUCUAUCUUGUACCUUGGUUAUGAUGUAUGAUUUAA